AUGCCGUCUCACGCGGAUCUGGAUCGGCAGAUCGAGCAUCUGAUGGAGUGCAAGCCUCUACCGGAGGCAGAUGUGAAGGCGCUUUGCGAUCAGGCGAGGGCGAUUCUGGUUGAAGAGUGGAACGUUCAACCGGUGAAGUGUCCGGUUACGGUUUGCGGUGAUAUUCACGGUCAGUUUUAUGAUCUCAUCGAGCUUUUUCGGAUAGGAGGAAACGCGCCUGAUACUAAUUAUCUCUUUAUGGGAGAUUAUGUAGAUCGUGGGUACUAUUCAGUGGAGACUGUUUCCCUUUUGGUGGCACUGAAAGUACGUUAUAGAGAUAGAAUUACAAUUCUCAGGGGAAAUCAUGAGACCCGUCAAAUUACUCAAGUGUAUGGCUUCUACGAUGAAUGCUUAAGAAAGUAUGGAAAUGCCAAUGUCUGGAAAUUCUUUACUGACUUGUUUGAUUAUUUACCUCUGACCGCCCUCAUUGAGAGUCAGAUUUUCUGUUUGCAUGGAGGUCUCUCACCAUCUUUGGAUACACUGGAUAAUAUCCGCGCCUUGGAUCGCAUACAGGAGGUUCCGCAUGAAGGACCGAUGUGUGAUCUCUUGUGGUCUGAUCCCGAUGAUCGUUGUGGUUGGGGAAUAUCUCCACGCGGUGCUGGAUAUACAUUUGGACAGGAUAUAGCUGCCCAGUUCAAUCAUACAAAUGGUCUCUCACUGAUAUCUAGAGCUCAUCAGCUUGUGAUGGAAGGAUACAAUUGGUGCCAGGAGAAGAAUGUGGUGACUGUUUUUAGUGCUCCAAAUUACUGCUACCGAUGUGGGAAUAUGGCUGCAAUUCUGGAAAUUGGGGAGAAUAUGGAUCAGAAUUUUCUGCAGUUUGAUCCAGCUCCGAGACAAAUUGAGCCUGACACCACACGAAAGACACCAGAUUAUUUUUUGUAA